AUGGGAUUAUUCACCAUCGCGGCCGAAAAGAUCGGUUCCAAUUUUUCAACUCCACUAGGUUUACUGAUAUUCAUAUCUGGAGUUUCUGUGCCUCUCGUCUGGCUUAUCGCAGACUAUGUUCGCAUUCUUCGUCUAAGGCAGCGAAUGCCGCCCGGACCUUUCCCUCUGCCAUUAUUCGGCAACUUCUUCGACAUUCCGAAUGAGAAGCCUUGGAUUAAAUGGGAGCAGAUGGCCAAAGAGUACGAUAAUCCGAUGCUGACGCUCUGGAACGGACGCCGGCCCAUUAUUGUGUGUAAUGAUAUAUGGACCAUCUCGGAUCUCCUCGAUAAGCGAGCAAGCAUCUACUCCUCACGGCCGCGCUUCGUCGUCAUGGGUGACAUGAUGAAUAUGACGGAAACAAACCAGGUGAACCAACUUUACGGAGAUCGGUGGCGACUCCAUCGGCGUUUGACACAUGGCAUAGUCGGAAGUCAAGCCGUACGGGCGCACCGCCAUUUACAACUAAACGAGUCCAAGGUAUUAACGCGAGACCUCAUGGAGUCUCCCGAGACUUUUGAGCCCUCAAUUGAGCGAUACUCAUGCUCCGUCGUCUCCAUUAUCGGUUGGGGACGGCGAAUCGCAAAGAUCAACGACCCUGUGGGCCAAGUAGCUCUGUCCUUCAUGGAAGCCGUCGACUACGUCAUUCCAGGGCUCUACAUCAUGGAAGCCGUGCCGUUCCUAUCCAAGCUCCCUGCUUGGAUCUAUCCUCUGCCAUCGCAGAUCCUCACUGGUGCCAAAAUAUUCCAGCGCUACUUUGCAGCCUUGUCUCGGGAGGCUUCACAGGCCGGGGAGGACAAUUUCUCUAAGCAGCUGAUGGCCGCCCAGGAGAUGGAUGGACUGACGGAUGACGAUGUGGCCAGCUUGACCGCCAAUCUAAUCGGUGGCGGCGUCGACACAACGAGCAGCUCGAUACUGUCAUUCAUCCUGGCCAUGUGUGUCUUCCCUGAAGCCCAACGCAAGGCGCAAGAAGAAAUCGAGGCCGUUGUGGGUUCACAACGAACACCUACCUGGGACGACGAGGACCACCUGCCAUUCGUCAAGGCCGUCGUGAGCGAAACACUGCGAUGGCGAACUGUCACCAUUCUCGGGGGCAUUCCGCACGCGCCAACCCAGGAUGAUGAGUACAACGGCUACUUUAUUCCAAAGGGCACCGCCAUCACUGGUAACUUGUGGGCCAUCCACCGAAACCCAAGAGACUUUCCAGAUCCGGAUGCUUUCCGCCCCGAGCGCUUCUUGGGCGGACUUGAGAGGCCGUAUCCUAAUAAGAAAGGACACAAUGCUUUUGGCUGGGGUCGUCGACAAUGUAGUGGUCAGCCACUCGCUGAGCAAGGGUUGUUUAUUACUAUUGCACGACUUCUCUGGGCAUUUUCCAUCAAGCCUGGGCUGGACGAACAGGGUAACGAGGUGAAGUUAGACAUCUUCGCCUAUACGAAGAGCGAGAACAUGAGACCCCAGCCAUUCAAGGCUCAGUUCAUACCCAGAACUCCGGAUAUUGCCGAGAUUUUGCGCAGCGAGGCUGAUACUGCACUUGAGGAAUUGAGUGUAUUUGAUGGUGAGACAAAGAUUACCAUGGCUAGUGUUAUGUAG